AUUACAUCUAGAAAAAUAACACCAAGGUUAUUAGGCCGGGUCUCCACUUAAGGCCUGGCGGGAAGCUACUUGAGAGUUACAAACGUCCGCUAAUGAAAAGGAGCCUCAAAGUAGAAAAAGCGCACCUGUGUUGUUACCAUGGUUACUGGAAAGCCAAUGGAAUGAGCCGUAUUUUCGUUUCAGCCGAAAAGCCCCGCCCCACGACCCGAAGGCCAAUGGUGUGCACUGUCUCCACAGGAAGAGCAGCCCCUGAGCCAAUGGUGCGCGUCGUUUCUAUGGUUCCCGCCGGAAGGACGCCUCGGCGUCUCUGCGACGAGCGCGGUUGCUAUGACGCCGGGGCCUGGGCAGGCACCUGCCGCCGGCCGUGCGGUGGAGUGGAGCGAGCCGGGACCGUCACGGCACUUUCCGAAAGACAGUCUCUGGCCUGGUUCCUGAGGGUCCCGCGGUUCCCGCCUCAGCCCCGAGGAGGAAAGAGCCUUUUCUGCGUUCCUUUUCAGCGUCCCAGGUCUUUCCCGCCUGUCUCACCAGUGUGGCCUGGAACCGGAGGAGAGCCUCUCCUGGCUCUGCCUUUGUAGUGGCGGCCUGGAGUGAUUCUGCCUGCAGAACGAUUCGCCCGUCCCCUGGGAGCCAACCGCCCCAGGCCUUUAGAAUUAGGCUGUCUGUCUUAUGUAGACAGAGCUUGCAACCCCGGCACCCUUAGUUGGGUGGGCGCUCCUUUUCUCAGUGCCCAGGCGAAGACGCAGCCCUGCACAGACCGCUGCGCCUGACCCGCCUGGCCGGUGCCGAGGCCUCCGAGCCACGGCUUCCCCUGGUAGGCUUGUGAACAAAGAACUGCUGUUUUCUGCUUUUUCGCCGUAUGUUCGUCAUGCGGGACCUUAAAUGCCGUUGAAGCUCUGGAGAGGCCUUUUGUAUCUUCAGCAUCGACGUCAUCAAGUCAGUUACCUUCUGCCUUUCGAGCUACAAUCUCAUCCGCUUCUCUCAUCGCCUUGAGCACCAGUUUUCUCACCCUGCUCAUUCCACAGCCAUCACAGCCAUUUUCACCUUUUCUUGUCCACGCUGUACGUCACCGAAUGUCCAUUCGUCUCCACCACCUCUGCCAUCUAUAGACCGCCCCCCUCUGCUUUCCUGCUACAAUGCUUUGGGUGGCUUCCACCCCAUGGUGUCCAGGAUGGCUGCUCAGGCUUCAACUAUCUUGUGUGUAUUCCAGCUGGUAGAAUGGAGGAAGGAGUGAGGAAGAGUGACCCCAUUCCUUUCAGAGCACUUCCUAAAGAUAGAGCUGGAGCUUAGCAAAGAUGGAUUAUUAUUUAAUCCUAACAACCGCAUGAGAACAGUGAAGACGGCUGAGCACUGCUACCAGAAAUUUAGAAGAGUUUACAGUGAAGCACGUGGAAGAAAUGAAAGACGUGGAAAAGUAUGCAAACCAUGUCCAUAACUUAAUAGAGGAAAGAGAAGCAUUUUCUCACGGCGGUGAAAAGGAAAACAAACAGUUUAGACAUGUGGUUAAAGAGCUCCAACCCAAACAGGAAGUGCAAAUAAAAGAGGUUGAAGAAAUGUUGUAUCAAGAGGGCUUGUCUGAAAUAGCUCUGAGCAGCCCCAAUGAACAGAUUGCAUACUUAUUGGUAGAAAGAACACUCUUGAGGAAACUGGAAACUGGGGGCCCCAAGCCAGAAUCACAAAGACAUAUGACCAGUGACCUACAGAAAGAACUUGCCCAGGAAAAAUUUGAACAAAUCCAGCAGCCUCUGAAAAGAGAACAUGAGAAAUAUCAGGAACCUGUGCAGCAGUCUGAAAAAAAUCUGAGUGAGUCGCGUAAUGAAGACCUGGAAAAAGAUAAAACUUCACAAAACUGCGUGGAGAGAAAUGCCGAACAAGUAGCGGAGAGGUUAGGGAUGGCCCAGGAAGAGAUCCGAAGGCUUACCGGUGAACUUCAAGGGAAGGAGAAGGAACAAAGGAAAUUAGAUUCUGCGCUUGAGAAGGCUCAGCUAGAAAUUGAGAAACUGAAAGAAAAUGAUUCAGUUGACUUACAGAAAGCAAGGGAACAUAAUCUGAGACUGGAUGAGGAAAUUCUGGCUUUAAGAAAUCGGGUUCGAUCACUUGACUCAGAAAAAAAAAUGCUUGGAGAAGUGGUUGAAAGACUUAGAGGAGAGAUUCAUGAAUCUCAAGAGAAUAAGCAACGUGGAAACCACUCCCCUGGGAAAACUGUGGGUGCUGAACAGAGAGAACAGUAUCCGUCACCUGGAGAAACACUGAAACACCAGCAGGGAGAGGACGUGCAACAGCUCCUUCAGAAUUUGCGCCGGCUCCAGGUUCUGUGCAACUCGGCCGAGAAAGAGCUCCGGUAUGAGCGAGGAAAGAACCUGGACUUGAAACAGCAUAACAGUUUACUUCAGGAAGAAAGCAUUAAGAUCAAAAUUGAACUAAAGCAGGCCCAGCAGAAGUUAUUAGAUAGCACAAAGAUGUGCUCUUCACUCACAGCAGAAUGGAAGCACUGUCAGCAGAAAAUCAGGGAACUGGAGCUGGAGGGACUUAAACAGGCUCAGAGCAUUAAAUCACAGAACAACCUGCAGGAAAAGCUGGCUCAGGAGAAAUCAAAAGUUGCUGAUGCAGAGGCAAAGAUUUUGGAUCUGCAGCAGAAAUUAGAACAUGCUCAAAAAGUCUGUCUCUCCGACACUUGUAUUUUGGGGAAGAAGCAACUAGAGGAAAGGAUAAAAGAAGUGCUGGAAAAUGAAGCUAAAACAAAGCAACAGUAUCAGAAAGAACAGCACAAGAGGAAACUCCUGUAUCAGAAUGAAAAAGAGCUACAAAAGCAAGUGAGAAUCUUACAAGAUAAAGGGAAUCAACUGGAAAUAACCAGUUCUCAGCAACAAUCCAGAAUUCAGCAGCAGGAGGCCCAACUUAAACAACUGGAAGAUGAAAAAAGAAAAUCGGAAGAGCUUCUCAAGAGCAACCGAGAAUUAUCAGAAAAGGCAUCUGCAUUGCAGCAAGAGAAGAAAGAGCUGUAUGAAGAGUACACGCAGUGUUUGAAGCAGCUUGAUGUCCACGUGAGAAACUAUAACAAGAAACGUCACCGUCACAAAGACAAGCUUCGCAGAGUCAAGGACCAUUUAUUUCAUGAAGUAGAACUACGAGAUGGUCGAAUUGAACAACUGGAAAAUGAAGCCAGAUGUCUGCGUCAGCGAGUGGAAAAGGUUAGCAGAAAGCAGAAGGCAUUCCAGGACGAAGUCACUGCUCAAAAUGACAUACUGCUCCUAGAGAAAAGGAAACUUCUGGAACAAGUCACGGAGCAAGAAGAAUUAAUCCAUGACAAUAAAUGGGUACUAUCUUCCGUCCAGAAGAGAGUACUUCUUCUGGAUAAAGAAAAUAAGCAAUUGCAGGAAACCACUCUGCGGCUUACGCAGCAGGUUGGCCUCUUAGAGCAUAUCAUAAAGAACAUCCAGAAUCACAGAGGAGAGGAGACAAUUUUUGAGAUUCCUGAAUUUGAAUUAUUGAAUAAAAUCUUGCCCUUACCAAACUCCAGUUUUUCAGGCACAAGUUUAGUAGAGCUGGUUGGAAGUCUUCAAGAGAUUAAAGAACAUACAUCAGAAGCAGCAGUGGCAAACCCCAAGUCCCCCAAGUCUCUUUCGUGUUCACAGAAUUCUGAAGCUGGAUACAUAAACGUGGCUUCUCUGAAAGAGACACGUUGCAUCCAAGAACAAGACCAGAAGUCAGAAUUGUAAAAUCACUGGUGGCUAAAACCUGCUAACUUAAAGCUUGGGCGUGAGGGUGGAACAUGACGUGGAGAAGAGUUACCACGGAUCCCCACUAGACGUCAACCAGGACUCCUCAGAAUUUCUGAUAAAUUCAUUAAACUGGUUGUAAAAAUGGAUUUCUCUCUCUCUCUCUCUUUUUUUUAAAGAGUUUAUUUAUUUGACAGAGAGAGAGACAGCCAGCAAGAGAGGGAACGCAAGCAGGGGGAGUGGGAGAGGAAGA